GACGGACGAUUAACCAACCUGUAAGAUGUAAAAUGUCUAAUUCGUUGACGAGCUCCGGAGUCCCUGUGGAAACAAAAGAGGAGAGGAUUUCUCACAAUGACUGAACUGUAGUUUCACAAGGAGCUGCAGCAGCAGGGAUGAGGAUCCGGCUGCAGGGUCCCGGCCACGCUGCCAGCCUUCUCGCUGAGCUCAACCGCUGCCGACAAACCCGCCGAUACUGUGAUGUGUUCCUUCAAGUCGGCAACCGGACGUUUGCAGCCCACCGUGCGGUACUGGCCUGUGCCGGGACGUACUUCCGUAACCUGUUCGCCCAGACGUCGACCUCGUCCACCGCCGCUUUGUCCCUGGAGUUUAUCUCCCCGGCCAGCUUCGAGAAGGUGCUGACGUUCAUGUACACGGGGGAGAUACUGACCGACCUCAUCGAUGUCGGGGUGCUGUACGAGCUGGCCGAGAGGCUCGGUGUCGGUGAACUGGUGAGGGCCUGCCACGCCACCUUCCCUGACCUGCAGGCUUCCGUGUCUGCAGACUGUAAGGCAGGCAGUCCUGGAAACCUCAUCCUGGACUCCGCCAUGGUCGCCGCCGCCCCGUCCGCAGUGACUGCGCUUAGUGCAACAUCUGUAUCCGCGUCGUCUGUGUGCUCCUCCGCCGCCUCCUGCUCCUCUCUGUCUUCAUCGGCUGGUCCAUCUGCUGCCCCGACCCCUGCUGCUCCCUCUCCUCUCCUCCAAGCCAGGACAGCCAGGUCGAGCCGCGAAGCUCACACCGGGCCUCUGUCUCUGGACCUGAAGUCAGAAGAUAUCCAGUCUCCCAUCGGCUACAGGCAGAUGGCAGCAGAUCACCAGGUACCAGGAGGACACGGCCUAACCAGCAGUAGCAUUUCUAGUCAGAGUGGAGACGUGCUGCCUCCGGGGCCUGUUCUCCAGCUGAAGACUGAGCCGGGCUUGGAAGACGGGGGUGCGGGAGACUGCUUUGAGGGCAGUGACGCCCAAAGGCAAAUGGUUUCGGAGAGUGCGGGCAACUCUCUGCCUCAGAGCAGCAUCCCUGCGCCGUCCGACGCCUGCUCCCUCCCCGACUCUUCAGCUCAGUUCGGGGUUGAGGCCUGCGCCCCGUCGUCGUCCUCCGGGGAUCCCGUGGGCAGCCUGCAGGUGGGGGCGGGGGACGGCGGCGUGGUGGACGUACACAGGGACGGCAGGCUGAUGUUUGGGGAGCUGGAGGAGGGAGAGACUGAGGAAGAGAGGGAGGCCCUGCGAGGUACCGGCGCGAUGGAGGCGACGGAGGAGGAGCAGUGGAGACAGCUGGCAGGUGAAAUCAUCGAGUUGAGCGACGACGAGAACUUCAUAGAGGAAGGAGAUGAGGAGGACGAUGACGACGAACUUGUGUGUGUGGAGAAUGGAGACGUAGUGAAUGCGGGCAGCCAGGUGACAGGACUCGUGGUGUCGUGUAAAGCCUGCUCGGCGCUGCUGCCAGCAGAACCAGAGGCCAUCAGAAGACACAGCGAGACCCACCUGACGGAGCUGGGGCUCUGCAGGGUUUGCGGGGCCUCGUUUCCAGAUCGCGCCACCGGUCUCUCCCACUGCCUCUCUCACGUCGGCGUGCAGCUCUUCACCUGCGACAUGUGUGACCUGCAGUUCUGCAGCCAAAACAAACUGUUGCGCCACCACCGGCAGACGGCCUCCACUUACACAAUACCACAGGAGGCGCUGACGAACAGCGGCCAGGGCGCCGAGCUGCACUGCGCCGUGUGCACCAAAACCCUCAGCAAGGACUUCCAGACUGUCAGAGACCACCUGCUGAGCCACGUGUGCGCCCAGAGCCUGAGCUGCGGAGUGUGUCACCUCCCCCAGCUCUCCUCCUGCUCCCUGCUGUGGCACGCCCUCGCCCACCUCUCUCUGCCCGUCUUCACCUGCCCGCACUGCGCCCGCUGCUUCGUGGAGCGCCCCCUGCUGGACAGGCACAUGAGCGUGCACGCCGAGGAGGCGGCGGCUAAGGAGAGGGAGCGGUCGGCGCUGCGGGCGUACAGAGUCGGGGCAGAUGGAGCGGCGGGGGGAGUGGCGGGGGGAGCGGAGGAGCUGCAUUGCUUCCUGUGCCCGCAGACGUUCCGCUCGUCCUCCGCCUUCCAGUACCACCUCAGCCUGCACACCUCCGACUCCCUGGGGGGCGGGGGAGGCGCGGGGGGCCAGGGCUGCCUGGGCAAACGCAAAGCCGAUCAGUCUCUGGAGUGCCCCCCGUCUUCCUGCUCCUCGUCCUCUCCGCGGGACGGCCUCAUUAAAAUGAGCAGCAUGGGUUUGGGUCUGGGAGUGGGCUUCAGCGUCCCAGAGAGGUUUUUCCAAGGACCGACACACAGCUUGUCCUCCGGGGUCCUGACCAACGGGGGCUCUGGGCAGGAGGGGGGAGCCGGAGCGGCAGGGGUUCGUGGGAAGUGGUACCGGUGCCGCUACUGCGGCAAACGGUUCGCCCACUCGGGGGAGUUCACCUAUCACCUCCGGAUCCACACGGGGGAGAAGCCCUACCAGUGCAAAGUCUGCCUGCGCUUCUUCAGAGGCCGCUCCACCAUGAUCUGCCACCUGAAGACGCACGCCGGCGCCCUCAUGUACCGCUGCACCGUCUGCGGCCUUUACUUCUCCACUCUGAAGCUGGUGUCGUCGCACAUGGAGCUCCACAAGGACCACCUGCCGCCCGACUUCAACAUCGAGCAGACCUUCAUGUACAACGACCACUCUAAAGAGCCGCUGCCCACUGUGGACGCCUGACGCCUCGUAUCUGGAUGGUUGCCGUGGACCACGGAGCCUGUUCAGGCCUUGAUUUUAACCACCGCCCUGAGUGAUCUGAUCACAAAUAUCCAGCUUUAACCGACACGGUGAUAUCGUAGAAACUGUGGGAUGUAAUGAAUUGUGAAGCACAUACAUUAAGUUAUUAUUUCAGAUCUCUGUACUAUCCUUUAGAAAACAGCACAAAGCUCAGAUUCUAACAUAAACCCUUUAAGCUUCCAUACACACAGUAAUGUCCUUACUGCUCCGUUUGUAGCAGUGAAAGAAAAAUCACUUUUAUUUAUAACAGCAGCUGUGUGUGUUUCUUUCACCCCCAAUAGAUAGUCAAAUUUAAUGUGUCCUAUUGUGUGUUGACACUAAAGGAAUGCGACCAAAUGUGAUCCGAGAUCAGAUCACUCACAUGCGUCCUCAGUUCUUCCUGGGUGUGUCGGCACCUGUUCUUCAUGCUGGUCAGCUGUGAUCAGAUCACUCAGGACACAUGUUAACACCAGGUCAGAUUAGAGCUGCAACUAAAGAUUAUUUUCAUUGUUGAUUACGUUUUUGAUUAAUUGUUUACUGAGUAAAUUAAAAAAAAAAAAAUGUCCAAAGUGACAUAUUUCAAUAGCUUCCAAAACACAAAAAUCUUCCCUGUACCAAGUUAGAAAACACAAAAAUGACCCAAAUUUUGAAAGUUGAAACCAGAGAAUAUUUGGCAUUUUUUUGGUUUAUAAAUUUAUUUCAAUUUAUCGUUGAAAUAAUCAAAAAUGUUUCUGAGUUCAGAGGAUGCCUGAUUAAACAUUCAUUAUCGACAAUAGUUUAGAAGAAUUGUUUAGUCUGUAAACGUUGGACAUUCUUUAAAAGAUGUCAUUACACAUUUUAGAAGCUUUAAUCCAAAAAGAAAUUUGAUUUAUCAAUUUAUUUCAAGAUUCAGAUCUAGAUUAGACGUGGCCUUUUAGAUUGUAGUGGACAUAAUCAGAUGUCAUUCACUGUCUGUUUGAACUAAGGUGAGAAGAAGCCACUUGGUGGCAGUGUGUCCCGUUCAGUGAAGGAGUCGUCGCUACCUGUGUUAUCUACUCUGAACUUAUGUUUAUAUAUAUCAGGAUUUUCAGGUUUUUAAAGUCACUAAUUGAAAAUGACACUGUUGUUACAGUAGCACCUCAUUGUAGCAUACAGAUUAUUUUCCUACAUUUGCAGUCACUGUUUCCACACUUCGGUUGUCUUAUGUGUCUUAAUUUUCACUCCACAUGUGGGAAUGUGUUUUAUCUGUUGUUGAACUGUAAAUUGAUCGUAGUCGCGCUACAUUCCCGCGUUCAGAGCUCCGUUUUGUACAAGCGCGGCAUUCAAGCGGCCAUCGUCACAUUUCUGUGUGAUACUCGUGUCUUACCUCAUAUUUAUGACAGCAGUGCAACUAUUUAUUAUGUUUAUGCCUUUUUAAAUCUCAUCUGUUUCUAAAGCUGCCUAUGAAUGUUUUUUUAAAGGUUGUUUUUUUGAGGGAGGUGACUCGAGGAAGACUGUUAUCACCCCUGACGUAUUUUUUUAAUCUGUCGGAUGGCCUUUUCCAGCGACCUGCUCCACAAAGUCCAUCCAUCAUCAGAAUAUCAGUGAUGAACUUGCAGAAACCUGCUUCCAGGACCUCGUCACCUUUGCCCUGUCAAAGCCCUGGGCUCUUCCUGCUAUUGUGUCAUCUGCACCCUUUCCCCAUUUUUCUGUCUUCUUAUUAUUUAAACGUUUCCAGAAGUGGAAGUAGACUAAAUAAAGAUCAGCAGUAACUGCGAGAGGGGAGAAGUGCAAAACAAGUGUCUGAUGAAAUAAACACGAAGUUUCCAAACUUU